AACAUUUCCACAAAUGCUAAUAUCAGCCCCUGUCAGCAGGAAGGGGGAAUUGUGCGAGCACGCAUGGGGCACACUGUUUGGCACAAGGGACUUGGUUGCUAAGCAACUGUAUCUGGCCUCACCUCCUCCCUGCAACCUUUUCCUCUGUUUCUAAGCUUCUAGUUAGCAGAUGGGAGGGGCUGGAGCUGCCCAGCCCAGCCCUUGGCCCCCUUUCCUGCAACAAGAGGUCUCUUCAUGGUUUCUGAGCAGAUUUAUUGUCUCUCUGAUUCAUGUCUGUGUGGGGGGGGGCCGGGGUGAGAAUAAAGGGAUAAAGGGAGGGGCGUAUGUGAACUAGGGAGACCUCACCCUCCAACCAAGCUGGCUGAGCUAUUUAAUCAAUGCUGAUCCAAGAACAGGAGCAGAACCCUGCCUAGAGACCCCGAGGGUUUACUUCGGUGCCGCUGAGCCGAAUGAGCCUGAUGCCGGAUGGCCAACCCCACAUGGAGGCUCAGGAUGCAGAGGAGGGCCCAGGACCUGGGAUCUUCAAAGCAAAGCUGAGAGACCCACUGCGGAGGCCCGAGGCCCAGCAGCCACCCAGCUCUCGGGCAGGGCGCCAGUGCUCAGGGUGGUGCUGCUGUGCAGGGCUGGGAGCCCUGGUGCUGCUGGCUGGUGUGAGCGUUGGCUCCUGGCUUCUCGUGCUGUAUCUGUGGCCAGUGGCCUCUCAGCCCGCUGCCGGAACCUUGCAGGAUGAGGAGAUCCCUUUGAGCUGCUCUGAGGCCAGCGGUGAGGAAGCCCUACUCCCCAUGCUUCCCAGAGCAGUAUCUUUCAGAAUAAACACUGAGGACUUCUUGCUGGAAGUACAGGUGAGGGCACAGCCAGACUGGCUCCUGGUCUGCCACGAGGGCUGGAGCUCUGCCCUGGGGGUGCGGAUCUGCCAGAGCCUUGGGCAUCUCAGACUCACUCACCACAAGAGAGUGAACCUGUCUAACAUCAAGCUCAACAGCUCCCGGGGGUUUGCUCAGCUCCCUCCCAGACUGGAAGGUCUCCUGGAGGAGGUGUGGCUGCCCAGGAACAGCUGUUCUUCCGGCCAGAUCGUUUCCCUCAGAUGCUCUGAGUGUGGGGCCGGGCCCCUGGCCUCCCGGAUAGUCGGCGGGCAGGCCGUGGCUCCUGGGCGCUGGCCCUGGCAGGCCAGUGUGGCCCUGGGCUCCCGGCACACGUGCGGGGGCUCCGUGCUAGCCCCGCGCUGGGUGGUGACGGCCGCUCACUGUGUGCACAGUUUUAGGCUAUCCCGCCUGUCCAGCUGGCGGGUCCAUGUGGGGCUGGUCAGGCACAGUGCCGUCAGGCCCCACCAGGGGGCUAUGGUGGAGAGGAUCAUCCCUCACCCUCUCUACAGCCCCCAGAAUCACGACUAUGACAUCGCCCUCCUGCGGCUUCGGACGCCGCUCAACUUCUCAGAUAACGUGGGUGCUGUGUGCCUGCCAGCCGAGAAGCAAGAUUUUCCAAGGGGCUCGCGGUGCUGGGUGUCUGGCUGGGGCCACACAGACCCCAGACACACCCACAAGUCAGAUUCGCUCCAGGACACGGUGGUGCCCCUGCUCAGCACCCAGCUCUGCAACAGCUCCUGCAUGUAUAGUGGGGCACUCACCCCCCGCAUGCUGUGUGCUGGCUACAUGGACGGGAGGGCUGAUGCGUGCCAGGGUGAUAGCGGGGGCCCCCUGGUGUGCCUGGACGUGGGCACCUGGCACUUGGUCGGGGUGGUCAGCUGGGGCCGUGGCUGUGCAGAGCCCAAUCACCCGGGCGUCUACGCCAAGGUUGCUGAGUUCCUGGACUGGAUCCAUGACACUGCAAGGCACAGAGAAGAGGCCAUAUGAGGAUGCAGUGAGAAGGUGGUCAUCUGCAAGCCAGGAGGAGUGUUCUCACCAGAAACUGACCUUGAUGGCACCUUGGUCUUGGACUUCAGGCUUCAGAACUGUGAGAAAUAGAUUUCUGUUUUUUAAGCCACGCGGUCUGUGGUAUUCUGUUACGGCAGCCCUCGCCGCUUAAUAUCAAACUAAAUCACCGUAGAAGACACUCAUAAAAUAGGAGAAUAAAUACAAGAGCAAGCUCAGGGUCUCGUAGCCCAAUGUGGAGCCUGUGGCUUGGGUAUCUGUUGCACCAUGUGUGGGAGGCAUUUAGGGGAGGCCAGGUCGGCGGGGAGAGAAGAGCGCUGGUCCCAGGAGCCCGGAGUCUGGGUUCUGAUCUGGUCUUUGUCGUUUGUUAUUGAGCCCAGCUGUCUCUGGACUUUGCUGAGUUCCUGUUUUCUCCUCUAUGUAAUGGGACUAAUAAUAUAUUUCCUGUAUAACCCAUGGAGUAGAUGGGAAGACCAAGAUCUGGUUGCGGAUGAGCACGAAAAACUGGUUAUAUUUUUUAUUUGCUGAAAGAGCACAAAUAUGAACUAUUUUGAAAGAGUUUGCUACAAUUAAUUUACAACCACUUAUGGAUAGAUGCAUGUUGCCAGAAAGAACUGAUGUGGUAAAUGUAGAAAUUUCCCACCUACUAUCAGCAUGUAAGGUUUUAAGAAAGCCAGUGGAGGCAAAUGAUGUUUCCGAUCAUAACCUCAGAAAUGUGGUUUCCAUACCAACAUAUUUGUGCAGACUAGAAAGCCCAAAACAAAAUGCUGCCUCUGAUUCACGAGAAGGCAAGCCUUGGUUGAAUCAUGUUUUUAGUAGAAAA